CUCCCUUAAUUUAAACCCCUCUAACCAGCUCAUUUUGCACACCACCAUUAAUCCUCUUCAACUUCUUUGUUCUCCUUCAAAAUGGGUAGCCUAGACUUGAGCUCCGAUAACUCUUCCUCACCCCAACGUGAAUUCAAGCCCUUAGACCCUGAAGAAUUUCGAAAACAAGCUCACCAAAUGGUGGACUUCAUAGCUGACUACUACAAACAAAUCGAAACCUACCCAGUUCUAAGCCAAGUCCAACCUGGUUACCUCCGUACUCUCCUUCCCCAAACUGCACCAUACCUUCCUGAACCCCUAGAAACCAUUCUCUCCGACGUGACCAAAAACAUAAUCCCUGGCAUGACCCAUUGGUUAAGUCCAAACUUCUUUGCAUUCUUUCCAGCUACAGUGAGUACUGCAGCUUUUAUAGGAGAAAUGUUGUGCACUUCAUUCAACUCUGUUGGCUUCAACUGGCUAGCCUCACCUGCUGCCACAGAACUUGAAAUGAUAGUCAUGGAUUGGUUGGCUAACAUGCUUAAACUCCCAAACUCAUUCAUGUUCUCUGGCACUGGUGGUGGUAUCAUUCAAAACACCACUAGUGAAGCCAUUCUUGUCACUCUCAUUGCCGCCAGAGAUCGCGUGCUAGCUACAAAUGGCAGCAACCAAAGUAUUCGAAAGCUUGUUGUGUAUUGCUCUGAUCAGACACAUUCCACUUUCACCAAGGCUGCUAAACUAGCUGGUAUAACUCCAUGUAACAUAAAAUCCAUCCACACAAACCUUGAUGCAGCUUUUUCUUUAUCCCCUGUACUCCUUCGUAAGGCUGUGGAGGCUGACGUGGCAGCCGGGUUGAUCCCACUUUACCUUUGUGCUACGGUGGGGACAACUUCAACCACAGCCGUUGAUCCUAUCGAGCCUCUUGCUGACGUGGCAGGUGAGUACGGUAUGUGGAUGCAUGUUGAUGCUGCUUAUGGUGGUAGUGCAUGUAUUUGUCCCGAGUUUAGGCAACAUUUCAAUGGGAUUGAAGGAGUUGAUUCAUUGAGUCUAAGCCCACAUAAGUGGCUACUAAGUUACUUGGAUUGUUGUUGUUUGUGGGUCAAAAGCCCAAUGUUAUUGGUGAAGGCAUUGAGUACAAACCCGGAGUAUUUGAGAAACAGAGCAAGUGAGUCCGAGUCUGUGGUGGAUUUUAAGGAUUGGCAAGUGGGUACGGGUCGGAAAUUCAAGUCGCUCCGAUUAUGGCUUGUAUUGCGUAGCUAUGGUGUUGCAAACCUCCAAAGUCAUAUCCGGUCCGAUGUUCGGAUGGCGAAGGUGUUCGAGGGGCUCGUGAAAUCCGAUCCACGGUUCGAAAUCCUCGUGCCAAGGCGAUUCGGGUUAGUGUGUUUUCGGUUAAACCCGUUUUCAUGGUCCGGGUCGGGUUAUACCGAGUUGUUGAACCGGAAGCUACUUGAGUGGGUCAACUCAAGUGGGCGGGUUUAUAUGACCCACACAAUAGUCGGUGGUAUAUAUAUCCUGAGGUUUGCUGUGGGAGCCACCCUUACUGAAGAUCACCACGUGGCUGCUGCGUGGAAGUUGAUCAAGGAAGGAGCUGAUGCCAUUCUUAAGGGUAUACAUAAUUAAUAAAGCUGUACCAGCACCUGUUACGACAUUAAUUAUAUGUGGCAGUGUGUUAUAUUUUCAAGUUUCAACCGUAUUUGUUGGUUACUACGAUUUAUUUCCUCCAAGUUGGACAAAGUCAAAGUCGGCCGGAAAAUUUGUGAAGGUCUUCCUUGUAUCAUUUGAUGAUUAGGAAAAAUUCUGAAAUAAAAUCAAAAUGUUAAGAGCAUACUUGGCAGACUAUAA